CGUACAUUAAUUCCCGCAAAAGUAUUCGAACGAAUCAAUACCGUAUCAAUUUCGUCAGACGACAAACUGAAACCAGCCACUAAUAAGCGGAGUAACCGAUCGCUCGUAAACACGAACCUCCGUAGCUCCGUGAAAUUUCGCAACUGUAGUAUCAGCAGAGGAAGGGCAUCUCGAGUCAAAGAUCAGCUUCAAUUAGAUGUAAUUUCCACGUCUCGCGAAGCUUUCAUCGACAGCCGUUCUGUAUAUGCAUACGAUACAGCGCGUGUAUAGACGGGCGCAUACCUGCGAUGCAUACCGAGACGAUCAUGAUCGUGAUUCGAAGGCACGCGCACGGCCCAUUCCAAAUCAAACUGCGACUAAUUGAUCGCGCGUGCACCUGAUGUCGUGAGCUAUACCGUCUAUAGCCCUAAUAGAACUUAUUGACUAUCUGGGAUUUGAUGAAAAGCAUAGGGUACUCUUAGAUUUUAGGAUGUUAUUUGAUUUUGGGAUGUUAUUUGCUAAGUUACAGUUACUAUGAGUAUUCACGAAAUUCCCCUCUGAUGAAGCAAUAACUUUACAAAACGACCGCCUCUCGAGUGACGAUAACUAAUGUUUGCGCACGCUACAAUCGCUCGAAUUUACCCACAGUAAGCGCAACUUAUACUUAUAAAAAAAAAUUGGAAUGAUAAUUAAAAUGAGCUGUACAAGCGCUGAAGCUGAUUUCAUCAGAAUCAGGUCAGAUGUACAAACAUUCGAACAAUGUCUGUGAUCGUGGAAAGACCUACAGUGUGCUUUAAUAAAACAGUGUGAAUCAACAAGACAAUUUCAAGUGUAUAACAGUUUAUAAUGUCAACUGUAAAGAGACUUUUAUUAUUCACUGUUCUCUGUUUACAUUUGGCCAGAAGCACGCAAAAAAUUAUACACAAUAGUUAUACUGAAGCUGAUGACGGUUAUAACCUAUACGUCAACUUUCAAGCAUACUGGUCCAGUAGCAAUAACCAGAAUUUAACUUACGUCACGUGUCGGAGGCCGACUCGAGAAUAUCGAAUCUUCGAUGAGAGAAAUUGCACGGUUGUCUCGCGAACGAAUCCCGAAAAAUCUUGUCCCGUGACUUUUAAGACAAAUGAUGAAUCAAGGUUUAUCAAGGAGUAUCUCGAAGUAUUUCCAUUUGGGCCUGAAAGAGCCAUUAUUAUCUGGGGCGAUUACCAUGUGGACGAUUACGAGCCCACGAGUGUAAAAUGCACUAUCGUUAAUUUAACUACUUGUCAAAGCACACAUACAGAGUUGCCAGUGACUAUUCCGCAGACGUAUGACUAUUUCUUGGCCAAUUCAAAUUACGUUAUUCAUGAGAAUUCUUUUGAGUUUAUAAUAAUACUAACAAAAUAUAAACAAGUUCUAAACAAAUAUCACAUCGAUACCGAAGGGAAUAUUAUCUCCAAGUCAGAACCAUGGCAUACAACUAAUCAAUCCAUAAACUUUGGCCCUCCGUAUCCAAUCGUGAUCAAUUCAGAAGUUAAAAGUUUCAUAUACGGACAUUACUUCUAUGAUGGGAAAACGAUUGAUGCACCCCAAUGGAUUUUAUCUAAUAACGGCACGGAAACACUACUUAAACAGUAUACAGCGGAUGCAUAUUCUUAUGCUGAAGACAUAGCUAUCUCUCACAAUACCAUCGGAGUGGUAAUGAGCGCAGAGCUUUCCGAUGGUACUUCUUCAGUUGGUGUCUAUCAGUUCGACCUGGACGGCAAUCGCAAGCUAAAUAUGACGCUGAACUUUAAAUUUAAAGUAACGAAUGUGGCACUUGUUAAUAUUGCUGAUGGUGGAUUCAUUUUAACUGUUGGGAGAACUUUUAAUAAUGGGCAACACCUACUGAAUGUACUAAAAAUAUCGGCUGAUCGAAAAAUCAGUUCUGUAAAGGAUUUGGGAGGAGAUGACUGCGAUGCUAAAUCGACAUUCCAAUUGUUUGAGAACAAGCCAAAGGAGUAUUGCGUGGCCUUUUUAUGCACCCAAUCUCGCCGGAACAACUAUGGAGGACCUCACGGAAGACAGUUUAUAAAACUUUUGAUCGACUGCUAUACCGAUGAUUUAUUUACCGUUGAUGAUAAUUAUACUCGUGUUGACUACACUAUAGGUGAUACUACACAAUAAUGCAUAAUCUUUGAUGCUUUUAUUCAUAUAAAUCAUACAGAGUAUAUGCAUGUAAAUUGAAAAGCUUGUAAUAAAUGCCUGCUGUGUGUUUUAU